AUUUGAAUUUCCUCCCCCCCUCCCUCCCCUCCGCGCCACUUUUCUUCUCUCCUUUCUGCAGUAUGUCUGCUCCCCCCUCCGAUGACGGCGACUCACGAACCGCCGCCGUCAGCACGCGUACGCAGUCGAACGGCUACCGUCAAAGUUCCCAGGACCCGAACCCGAACCCUCGAAAGCGUCAACGACGGUAUGGCGGACCCGACGACCGUAAAGUCCAGGACUUUGUGCCCCAGGGAGCGAUCUUCAGUGCCACUGCCGCGCUCGAGGUAGAUCCCGACGAGACUUCUUCAUCCGGUUCAGAUAGCGAGUCGGCUGGCACCAGUUCGUCGGAAGAUGAAGGUGGCGCAGCGCAGUCCGCCGCUGCCGCACAACCGGUCAGCUGGAAUAAGGGCAGCAAGAGCGCGAUCAGGACAUCGCUUCGCGGGGCGCGCAAUGCAACAGGAGAGAAUCAGGAACCCAGCGCCUCGAAAUUCGACGCGGUCAAUGAUAAGUUCUGGCGCAGUCGGAGCGCGUCAAUAUCCUCCGCCAGUGACCGCGACGAUGCCGCACCCAGCAAAUCCGACCUCGACGAGGAGAUGGAGGAAGGUGAAGUAGACGAGGCCAGCUCUGAUAGUUCGAGCCAGAUGCAGAGAUCAGGAGAUUCGGAGGAUGAUUCAGAGUCGUUGGACUCGGAAGCAGAUGAUUCGAUCCUCUUGAACAUUGGAGAGCGGGGUCCCGGCCAGCAUCUUGGCCAAACUCACGACGGAAUCCUCACGCCAGACGGCGACGAUGGUUACGAUUCGGUCGCGAACGGAAUAAACCCUCGCAGCGCACAAGACGAUCUCAUCGGUUCCCCUAAGAUGUCAAAGGAGGAUGCACACCGCCGAUAUUCCCAGAAGUACCCGAUCGCUCCCUCCGUCCUCGCGGAUCUUGACCGGGAGGACAUGGACUUCCAGGCGAAGUACCGAUUCUAUGACCGCGACAUUAAUGCCAUCGACCUCCAGCUACCAAUCGCCUGCACCGAAUGUUUACAGGAGGGACAUCUUGCAGACAUCUGUCCCACGAAGGAGUGCGUCCACUGCUCCGCCUGGAACGAGCACCAAAGUAGCCUAUGCCCCACCUGGCGACGCUGCCAGCGGUGUCGCGAGCGCGGUCAUGACGGCGACACCUGCCCCUCCGCGCUCAAAAGCUCCGCCUCCGAGGUCCCAUGCGAUCUGUGCGGCUCCUCCGAGCACCUCGAAUUCGACUGCGAUCAAAUGUGGAAGCUCAGCAACGAACAAGUCCCCGCGUCCGCCCCGGUCCUCGUCUCCAUCUCCUGCGCCAAGUGCACCAGCAACCGCCACCUCAUCGGUGACUGUCCCUCGCUCACAAGACCUCUCCUCUCAUCCACGUGGACCCUCCGCGGCAUCGACCCGGGCAUGAUCACGAACCUCAAUUCUGUCAUCAGUUCUCGACGCGGCGGCGGCCGAGGCGGCCAAGCGCCCGGGCCCCGCGGAAUGAAGAUCCGUGGCCGGGCCGACCAGCAACGUCCACCCUCCUCCGACAGUGAUGAUAUGAUGAGCCGUCUGCGUCAGCCCGGUAACCGCAGCAAUAAUAACAACAAUAAUAGUAACCGUGGACACAUUCGGUUUGGUGCCGGCAUCGGCGCGAACAAUAAAAACAUUGCGUCGGGAGGCGGUGGCUAUCGCGACCGACAGCGAUCGUUGUCGCCAAAUGGCCGUCCCGGCCGCGGUGGUCGUGGCGGCGGCGGUGGUGGAAGGGGGAGAGAUAGUUAUCAGCCUCCGCCUGGUGGACGCAACGGAAGGCCACCGCCUGCACCUCCUUCGCGUCCAGCUAGAGGGGGAGGGGGAGGAGGGGGAGGACGUGGUGGCGGUCGAGGUGGAAAGAGAGGGGGAGGUGGAGGCACUGGCGGAGAUGCGUAUCGCCCGUUGCCUAGUGCAGGCAAAAAGGCAUGGGAUCGGUAUAGGAUGUGAAUGGUUGAUUGAGUUGUUGCGAUUAAUAGAUACCCCCUCUACGAGUGGCCGUGGGUAUACAUGCAUGUUUGCAUACUUGGUAUAUAC